AUGAAAUACAUUAGACAAUUGAUAUUCAAUCUUAUAAAUGAUAUAUCACAGCAAUUGUAUAAAGGCAGUAUUUAUGAUGAUGGUAGACAACGAUCAUUAGUCGGAAGAGAUAUCAUCAAGUUAACAUUACCUCGACUUGAAAUGGUAUCAAAGUUUGCAAUGCCGUGGAACUAUAUUUGUCAUUAUCUACCAACAGAUGUUGAUGAAAUAGUAUUCAAAGAAAGACAAAGAGCCAUCACUCAAUACUGUCAUCAUCGUAAUGCAACGUUGGAUACACUCGUACAUCUAUUGGAAUGGUCUCCCACCGUUCAAAUUGAAUGGCACUACUUGAAAAACAGUGGUUGUGAUAUAAGUAAUCAAGAGAUAUUAGAGUAUCUCAUCAAGAGGUGUUCUGUAGCUGUUGCUGGAGAUUCGAAUGACUUUCUCGUUUGGGCAAUGAAUAGUGCAUGCCUGAAUGGGUAUCUCGAGAUUGUCAAGUUGUUGCACUCGAGUUUCAAUGGUUUAAAAAUAGAUAAAACAACAAUGGAUAGAGCUAGUAGAGUAUCAAUUGACAUUGUAAAGUAUUUACAUGAUAAUAGAACUGAAGGUUGUAGUCAUAAUGCAAUGGAUAAUGCUUCAAGAAAUGGUCGUUUAGAUAUUGUCAAGUUUCUUCAUUCUAAUAGAACUGAAGGUGCAUCAAAGAAUGCUUUGGUUUGGGCAUCUGAAAACGGACACAUUGAAAUUGUAAAGUUUCUUUCAGAGCAUCGUACUGAAGGUGCAGCAAACAAGGCUAUGGAUUUAGCAGCUCAAAAUGGACACAUUGAUGUAGUAAAGUAUCUUUCAGAGUACCGUCGUGAAGGUGCAUCAACCAAUGCUAUCGAUUGGGCAUCUCAAAAUGGUCACAUUGAAAUUGUAAAGUUUCUUUCUGAGCAUCGUAGUGAAGGUGCAACAACCAAUGCUAUGGAUGGGGCAGCUAAAAAUGGUCGCAUUGAAAUUGUAAAGUACCUUUCAGAGCAUCGUAGUGAAGGUGCAAAAACCUUGGCUAUGAAUAUGGCAGCUCAAAACGGACACAUUGAAAUGGUAAAGUAUCUUCAUUUCAAUCGUAGUGAAGGUGCAACAACCAGUGCUAUCGAUUGGGCUGCUGGAAAUGGACACAUUGAAAUUGUAAAGUUCCUUUCCGAGCACCGUAGUGAAGGUGCAUCAACCAAGGCUGUGGAUUGGGCAGCUCAAAAUGGUCGCAUUGAAAUAGUAAAGUACCUUUCAGAGCAUCGUAGUGAAGGUGCAACUACCAAUGCUAUGGAUUUGGCAGCUCAAAACGGCCACAUUGAAGUGGUAAAGUAUCUUUCAGAGCAUCGUAGUGAAGGUGCAACAACCAAUGCUAUGGAUUGGGCAGCUCAAAAUGGACACAUUGAAAUUGUAGAGUUCCUUUACGAGCAUCGUAGUGAAGGUGCAACAACCAAGGCUAUGGAUUUGGCAGCUCAAAACGGACACAUUGAAAUGGUAAAGUAUCUUUCAGAGCACCGUAGUGAAGGUGCAACUACCAAUGCUAUGGAUAUGGCAGCUCAAAAUGGACAUUUUGAAAUGGUAAAGUAUCUUUCAGAGCGUCGUAGUGAAGGUGCAACAACCAAUGCUAUGGAUGGGGCAGCUAAAAAUGGUCACAUUGAAAUAGUAAAGUACCUUUCAGAGCAUCGUAGUGUGGUGACGAUACCUCACUUAUAA